AUGGCUAUUGGUUUGGUUUACAGUGUAGUUGCGGCAAUUACAAUGAUAGCACCUCUAUUUGUAAGAUGGUCAUUAGAUAAAUAUGGCUUCCGUGAUACUAUCCUACUGAUGUCUGCGUUAACUAUGCACAAUUUCAUAGCAGUUGCUCUGAUGCAACCAGUAAAAUGGCAUAUGAAGAGGAUUGAAGUUUCUGAUAAAAGCAGUGAAAAGUUAUUGCAAGACAAAAAACAAAAAGAAGACUUCUGCACCGUGCCAAUUAUCAAAGUGACCAACACAGAUGGCAAUCUGUCCAAUCGUAAUAAUGAAAAAUUUUAUAAAACUGGAGAAGAAAAUGGCGGCAUCAAUUUCAGAAAAAUCAAGGACCUGUUAAUUGACAAAUCACUGUGUGAGAAGUUCCUAAAAUCGUGCGUAUGUGCUGGGCCAGCGCUCGCCUUAUUUGCUGAUACAACAUACGCGAUCAUUUUACCACAUGCUCUACUAAUAGCUGGGUGGUUGCAUGAAGACGUCACACUGACUCAACAUCUAUACGGAUUCGGAGACUUAGCGACACGAGUCCUGUUCACUCUGUUGAGUAAUUGGGUGCAGAAGUUGGGCAGCCAGGAACUAUACGUCCUCGGAGUUACUCUGGGUUUAAUCUCUCGACUUGGUACAUUAUGGUCCAAGAGCUUUAUAGCGAAGAUGGUCUACAUUCCCCUGGUGGGUGCCUCCCACUGUGCUGUGACUAUCCUCAUACCAUUGCUGGUGGCAGAUGUUGUGAGGCCUGACAGGUUCACGUCAGCUCUGGGUAUGCUGAUGAUGGUGACAGGCCUGGUCAGCGUGGUAUUGGGACCUGCUAUUAGUGCAGUCCGAGAGCUAUCAGAGAGUUACGGACCAGUUUUCUACCUCAUUGCGUCCUGUUUAGCCAUUAUAGUCCUGUUCUGGUCAAUAGAACUCUGCUACAAGAGGAACAAACACAAGAGAUUACAACGACGAGAAUAUCUACGACAAAAGAAAUUAAAUAAAUAA